CGGCCCCGAGGCGCUCUGAGCCGGGAUUAACAGCCCACAGAUCACACACUCUCUGAAGCCUUUCCAGUCAAACAUCUAUUUUUCCCUUCAGGACUCAGACAUGCUGAUGGAGGUCAGUUACACUAAUGGCUUGGAGUCGGACCAGCAGUACCCUCCGCCUCUUCUACCCAAACCAGGAAAAGACAAUGCCCGGCUGCAGAAACUCAAGAAGAAAAGAGCCAAGAAGAAGGGUAGCCUGUCCCAAACGCCCGUCCCCUUUCGCUCCUGUUUGUCCCCCGUUAAUGAAGCCAGCACUGACCUGGAGCACAGCGACCAGGCCAGCCCACCCAGGACCCCCGACUUGGCCUUCAGCCUCCCCAGGUCGCUGUAUGAACAGAGCAACUACCCGCCCGGACCCGGGACUUCCGAGGAGCAGGUGGCGCCGCUGUACGAGUGCUCGUCCUUUUUAUUUGAUGAGGCGUCUCCUUUCACGAUGCCACCUCCAUCCUCGCCACCCCGGGCUCCACCUGAGCAGGUUCUGCCUCUUCCUGCUUCUUUUAACUCCGUCGUGACGCCAAAUUCCCACGGGCCACUCACAGCAGCCCCAUCAGCUGUUGUGUCUCAGUCCAGCCCCAAAAUAUCCACCCACAGUAUGACUUUGACCCCAGCCCCCUCCACUGGUGGCCCAGGACCUGCUCAGGUUUCAGACCCACCUCCCCCUCCGGUUCUGCUAUCAGGCUCCAACGGGCAGAGGGAGACAAACCCCUUUGCAAAGGACAAACUUUCCAGCCAGUCCUGGUCCUGGACCGCUAGACCUAACUCUGUUCCAAAUCACAUGACCUCAGAAAUUAGUGCCUCAAAGAUAUCUCUCAUCGAAGCAGUGAACAAGACAAGGCCUGAUACCCCACAAACCAGGAUCUAUACAUCAAAGGCAACAUUUUAUGAGAUCUCUAAACCUCCCUCCAUGCAGGACCUCACAGUCUUAAAUCCAUCCUACCAGGAUGCUUCUGCAGUUGCCAGGUACAGGGACAUGAAUAAUGAUCCAAAUCUGAAUGUUUCCAGAACCCCAAGUGGAAGACCUAAAACCCCAUCCUGCACACCUACAAGCGCAUCCAGAAGCAGCUUUGAAAUAUCAAAACCCAACCCACUUUUAUUUGCUUCAAGUCCUGCUUUGAACCUAUGCCAUGAUCUACAGGCUCCUGUCAUCGGCAAAGAGGUACUAAAAGACAAACCAGCCCCUCAAAACAACACCACGGAACAGAAGCUGAAGAGGAUGUUCAACAACAACAACCAGGCCAACAUCUACAAAGAGAUAGAAAUUCCAGUUACACAGAGGAGUACUUUAAAUUUAAGUUUGGCUACAACUGAGCAACCCUCAAGAGAGAAUCCAGCAUCAAGCAUUGAUUCACGUAUCGUCAGAACAGUACUCACAGAAUCUGUCUCGACAAAACUGAAAACCAACCAAAGUCAAGCUUCAUCUUUGCCAGAGGUCCCUUUAUUUUUCUCAACUGCACCACAGACUCCAAAUCUCAUCCCAACAGGAGUUUUUUCAGUGCACAGUCCAAGUCCUUUGCCGUCCACCUUUAUCCCCCCUGUGGCAGAGGCACGCAAGUCUUUGACGUCGUUAUUAGAAACUCAAAUGUCUUUAGCUGCCUCCAAGCCCAAAUCUCGGUCAACUUAUUAUGGUCUUACACCAGUUCAAUACGCCGCCUACGGUGGAAUUAGGACUACUGCGCCGCAGCAACAAACUCCACUUAACGAUGUCUCUGCAAAUAAAGCAGAGUCAGACGAAACAGUGAAUGGAUCACCUACCUCACAGUGUCUUAAUGAACAUCGUCCGCCUUCUGCUCAGAGCUCACAGCUGCUGUCGUCUGUAACCGAUUCAGAACUCACAACUAGCAAAGCUGUGACUGAAGUGCAGAGUAUGGCAAUAAAAUCAAUUAAAACAACUGCUGUGGACACAGUAAACGCUGAGCUGCCACUUGGCUCGGCACAGAAAUCUAUUCAACAGUCUACAAGCGAAGUAUCCGCACCAAAAGCCUCAUACUCUGAGGCACCAAUACCGAUACCUCAAGCAGGUGAGGCACACACAGCAGUAGAUACAACUCCAAGCCUCACUGAUGCUAGUCUGUUGAGGCUAAAAGUAGACAAUACACAGCUCAGUGCAAACAUCACAGAUGACAGUCCUCAGAAUAAAGGCUUUAGUUUCCAAACUGAUAAUCUUUGUGCAAAAUCUAAAAUUACUAAUCCAAAACAACUGUCAGAGGAAAGAGUGAUAUUUCAUAAACCUGUGCGGUCUUCCCAAACCACUGGUGGUGUUAGUCAGCCGAUAGUAAAUGGGUUUAAUGCUCCACUCAGUGCUAAGCCUCCUGAAGUGCUCAGAGACCUUACAAACCCACAGCUGGAACCAAAACUCUCAGGGAACUCCAUUAUAAAUGGUGUCAUGCUCUUUGGAGCACAAACCAAAGUGGUUGUAGAAACAUCAACCACUUUCCAGAAAACAACAGACAAGUUCAAGCAGAAUUUAAACAUAAGCACAGAUGCCGAGCUACCCAAUGAGGCCAAAGUGUCUUUAAUGGCUGCUGAGGAAGAACGCAUCCAAGACAAAACAUCCAAACCCCUGUUCUCAAAAGAACUGUCCAAAGAAGGCCUUCCCACAUGUGCUGGAUCUGUGCCUCCACAUGAACCGGUCACGGCAUCUCUGUGUUUGGCACAGUUCAGCAUUUGCACACAAUCUGCACAGCUGACACAGCAAAGGCAAAGCAGCACAAAUGCUCAAACAUACACGAACACUAAAGAGGAAAACACAAUUCACUUACCCAAGUAUCCCUCAAUCAAACUUUCAGAUACACCGAACACACCUGAAGUAACGGCCGCUUUAAAGAGCAAACUGAGCACAGACACCAACAAACUGAAGUCCCCCAACAUUUCAGACUUGACAAACUUUAGCGCUUAUUCAAAAGAAGCCCCAAAGGUAGUCCAAACUAAUGACUACAAACUACUUCACAUAAAGAGUUGUGCACUUUCUAAUAUUCAGGAUAAUCAUCCAGGAGCAGGUCUUCACACAAACUCAGGCAGAGCCACAACAACACAAAUUAACAAGCCCUCGAUUGACACCACUCAUAAAAUACACACUAAAGACCCCGAACAGUUAAGCCCAGAAAAUAUGGGAGUCAAUAUCCCUGAUAGUACGGCUGACGUAGUCAACGACUCAGCAACAAAACUCCAUCCACAAACCUCCACUAGACCAGUUGGUGUAUUUACGAAAAACGUACAGGCAGUACAUCUUCACGAUAAACUGAAUGUACAAGAAACAAAUCAAACUCAUUGUAUAAACGAGUCAAAGCUUUCAGAACCAACCCUGAACACAACUAAAUCAUCUGUAGAGCCACUUAAUGUUCCUACAGCCGAAACCAAAAAAGUCUCGGUCAGGCUUCACACAGAUGCUUCGGCAGCCGCCAUCUUAGAUCCUGCCGUAAACUGCAAACAGGUGGUCGAUGCUGGUUUGCAGAUCAGAAAACCUCCUGUGCCAUCUAGUCCUGUCAUGAGACCACCGAAAAGUCCCCUACUGAGAUCAGACAGACCCGACAGUCAAUCUGAAGCAAAACCUGCCCACGAUAUCAGAUGUAUUUCAACACAUUUGGAUUCCAAAUCCACAGCAGAACAGUUCAUAAAAGCUCAGACCCUGGAGCCUCUUCCUGUAAAUAAAACCGCUAUCAAUGAGCAGUCCUCUUGUAUUCAGUCGGGCUUUGGCACUAAAUUGCUAGCGAGUCCCACAACAAAACUUAAACACAUGGUUAGAUCUUGUAAUGAGACGAGAAUACCCCCCUCUCCCAAUUAUGCUGCAGUCAACAUACCCGAUAAAGGGAAGCAAACUAUUAUGAAUGAAAGCUGUUUGUAUGCAGACUCUGUUCAAGUGUCUCAGACUGACGUGAAGCUGUUGAAGCUUCACCACAGUCAAACAUCUGACAGAAACAGUCAAACCCCCACUGGCACAGAAACCAAACCUGUAGUUAAACCCUGGAACACAACCAGAGCUUCUCCAGUCCCAGACCUGACCCCUGUCCAGAGGUACCUUCCAGGUUUAGCCCAGUCUGCUCAGACCCCUGUACCUUUGAGCCAAAGUGUAGAACACAAAGACCCCCCAAGUACUACAACAAGCCAUGACAACCUCACUCAAACUAAGACGCCUAUGAGCACAGGUACUGGUCCACAUGUAAAACCGCUUCCAGAGCCCAAAAUCCCGAUCGUUAAUGUACAUUCCCAAACAAAACUAGUUCAAACAAAUGCUGAAAACUCGACACAAGUGUCCGCUCAGCAGGUAGAUUUAACGCUUUCCUCUGUCGCUGACUCAAAGCCCUCAGGAGCAAAAACUGAUUCUGUCCAGGUUAAAGUGCACGCCACUAAUGUCGAGCCGUCAACAGGUCUACCGGUAGAGAACAUUUCCUGUGCAGAUCCAAACGAUACUGUGAUGAAAGCGUGCGUAGUUAAAGCCGCUGUGACUGAUUCUGCCACUCCUGCCUCUCUGCCUCAGGCCUCAGUCUCAGUCAAACCCACAAACAGAGGAACGUCACCGCCAUCUCAGCAAAAAACUGGACACAAAGACAAGAAGGAAGCUCUGAAGACCAAAAUGACAGCUGCCCAGACGGAGGCCCCAGUAGCCGAGCCCUCCACGAAGUCAGCGACAUCAACUGCAUCUUCAGCUGCUGACGAGAAGAAGUCGGUCGCGGAUAAGAACCUCCCUUCAUCCACCGCUGAGCCCAUGAAGCCCAAAGGCCUGAAGGGUAAGCUCAGCGGAUGGACCCGGCUCAAGAAGCACAUGGUCGUCGAACCAGAGGAACCCAAGUUUCCUGAGCUCGACGCUGAACCUCAGGCCGAAUCCAGCAGAGCAGGUGGCGCUGAGAGCCAGAACCCGUCGCCAGACCAAAGUUCCAAUCAGGAGGUGGUGAAGGACAAUGACAAAGGUCCAAAGGCGUUGAAGAUGUGGGACGCCCUCCUGUUCCAGAUGUUCUCCACCAAAGAUAAAAUUCUGCAGCAAAUCAACAAUAAGAAAGGCACCUCCGACAAGAAGGAGGCCGCCAAAGACCACCCGACUGAGGUCCCGUCUUUUGUCAACCGCCUGCCCAUUUUACUGUACAGUCCCCGAUUUGACGCCAGGAAGCUCAAAGAGGCGGCGGAGAAGCCGCUCACAAAGAUAGCCGCCGUGUUCGAACGGGGCCUGAUCAAACGCAAAACCCAGGAGGACGAACACAAGGACUUCAACCGAACGGCCCGAGGAUUCAGCUCCAAAAAAAGAGCAGAUGUGUGACCUGAACUGACGCUUGGCUUUGAUUAUGGUCUGAUUGAUAUCAGUUAUGUGGGUUUGAUCACAGGUGCAAA